AAACUUAACAAAACCAAAAAAUUUCCCAUUUCCAUCGCAAAUUUCACGAUUGCAGCAACGAUAGUAACCGUAAUCGAAUGAAUCCGGAAUUACGUUUACCAAAUAAGCCGUACAUCUCAUAUUCCAUUCAUUUUGGCGAAGAAGCUCUAAAAGUUGAUUGGAUUAAUAGGUUAACAGUAUUCGCCGACAAUGUCUUACAGUAUUAAAAACACCUUCGCGACUUUACCACGAACGCAGAGAGGUCAGCCGCUAGUUUUGGGUGGCGAUCCAAAAGGGAAGAAUUUUUUAUACACAAAUGGUAACUCGGUUAUAAUUAGAAAUAUAGAGAACCCAGCAAUUGCCGAGAUCUACACAGAACACUCCCUUCCUGUCAAUGUUGCCAAAUACUCUCCAAGCGGCUUUUAUAUUGCAUCGGGUGAUCAAUCUGGAAAGAUUCGUAUUUGGGACACCGUUAAUAAAGAGCACAUCUUGAAGAAUGAGUUCCACCCGAUCGGUGGACCGAUUAAGGACAUCGCCUGGUCGCCGGAUAAUCAACGUAUGGUGGUCGUGGGCGAGGGUCGCGAGCGUUUCGGGCACGUUUUCAUGUCCGAGACCGGUACGUCGGUCGGCGAGAUUUCCGGACAAUCUAAGCCAAUUAAUUCCUGUGAUUUUCGUCCGACGCGCCCGUUCCGUAUAGUGACGGGCUCGGAGGACAACACUGCCGCCUUUUUCGAAGGACCGCCCUUUAAGUUUAAGAUGACGAAACAGGAUCAUUCGCGUUUUGUGCAAGCCGUUCGUUAUUCACCAAAUGGUAAUUUGUUCGCAUCGGCCGGUUUCGAUGGGAAGGUGUUUUUGUAUGACGGAACAUCGUCCAAACUGGUAGGUGAGGUUGGUAGUCCUGCUCACAGCGGAGGGGUAUACGCUGUCAGUUGGAGUCCCGAUGGUAAGCAGUUGUUGACCGCCAGUGGUGAUAAGACCGCAAAGUUGUGGGACAUUGAAACUCGCCAGGUUGUGUCAGAGUUUAUCUUAGGUUCUACUGUCGAUGACCAGCAGGUUUCUUGUCUGUGGCAAAAUCAGUAUUUGCUCACCGUUUCACUGAGCGGAUUUAUUAACUAUUUAGAUGUGAAUAAUCCCGCGAAACCAUUGAGGAUUGUGAUGGGGCACAAUAAACCAAUCACCGUUUUAACGUUAAGUGAAGAUAGAAGCAACAUUUUUACUGGGUCGCAUGACGGUUUUGUUACCAACUGGAAUGCCAACGACGGGGAGAAUAUACGAGUUAAUGGCGCCGGGCAUGGUAAUCAAAUUAAUGGAAUGAAAGCUGUUGGAAAUACGCUUUAUACAUGUGGUAUAGAUGAUUCACUAAAACAGAUUGAUAUAGAAGGUAAUACAUAUACAAAGGAAGACGUGCAUCUCGGUUCACAACCACGAGGAAUGGACAUAACCAAAGAUAAUAGUACAAUAAUAGUCGGUAGCGUUAACGAAAUUUCCGUUAUACAAAACGGACGCGUGGUUAACGUUACGAAAGUAAAUUACGAACCGUCUUCCGUCGGCAUUUGCUCGAAUGGUCACGUCGCAGUCGGCGGCGGUACCGACAAUAAGGUACACAUUUUCGAACUGAACGGUACCAGUUUAACUGCGAAAACCGAUUUGAACCAUACUGGUGCGAUUACCGCCGUCGCGUAUUCUCCGGAUGACAAAUACUUAGUGGCGUGCGACGCUAACCGAAAACUGAUAUUAUACACCGUCGAGGAUUAUAAGCCCUGCCCUGAACAGUGGGCGUAUCACAAUGCCAAAGUGAACUGCGUCGCAUGGUCGCCAGAUUCGUUACUAGUAGCAAGUGGCAGUUUAGAUACAAGUAUCAUUGUAUGGUCGAUCGAAAAGCCAUCAAAACAUCUAGUAAUUAAAAAUGCACACGCUCAAAACCAAAUAACGCAACUGUCGUGGUUGGAUAACGAGACGCUGGUAUCCGUCGGUCAAGACUGCAACACGAAGAUAUGGAAUGUUACUCGAUUCUAGGCUUUUACAAAUUGCAUUUACCCGGGUGUUUGAAAUGAUAAAAAUUAUAAUAUUGGCGGUAUAUUUUGAUAUUGGACUUACUGUACUAUAAUAGCGAGGAUUUCUUCGCGGAUGAUACCUGUUUUAUUUAUAAAAGGAAAAAAGCAUUUACAUCGUUUGUACUAACAUUUUUGUACUCGAUUUUAAUAAUUUUACAAUCUACGAAUUUUAGUGCAUAAAUGUCAACUAUUGUGAUAACUGUCGGCAAUGGUUUGAUUGUGUGUAAUUUGACUUGUAGGUAUAUGGAAUGUUAAGAACUGUAGAUUUAUUUAAUUAUUAAAGAAACACAGCUUUA